AAGAAGCCGGUGCUGAAGAACUAGGCAGGACAUCCGAGAGGAGCUGUGUCCAUGUCGGCCCCGCUGGCCAGGUGAGCUGACUGCCCUCCCCUCAAGCCACCGGUUCAUGCGAAGACCACGUCGCUAGGGCUGUUCCUGUGUCUGCAUCUUCUCUGAAGAGCCAUCUCGAAAUAUGCCGAAAAAGGAUAUAUAUCUCUUUUGUGUAUGAACCUGUGUGAUACCUAGCGAAGCCUACGGACCUUUUUCCAGAAAAGAUGCAAAAACGAGAAUGUCAACUAGAAUGGCUGUCAUGAAAAACAUUAAAAAUACCAAAUGUUGGAGAAAAUAUGAAGAAACUGGAACCUCCAUCAUUGCUGGUGGGAAUAUAAAAUGGUGCAGCCACGUGGGAAAACAGUUGAGCAAUUUAUAAAAAGUUAAAUGCGCACUUAACAUAUGAACCACCAAUUUCACUCCUAGGCAUCUACACCAGAUAAACAAGGACAUAUGCCCAUACAAACUUUUAUAUUCAAGUGUUCAUGACAGCAUAGUUUAUAAUGGCCAAAACAUGGCACCAACCCAAAUGUCCAAAAGCUGAUGAAUGAACAAACUGUGGUCUACCCACACAAUGGAACACCAUUCAGCAAUGAAAAGGGACAACCUUCUCAUACCUGCUGCAACAUGGAUGACCCUUGGAAACGUGCCAUGUGAAAAGAGCCACACAAAACUCUUAUACCUUGUAUGAUUCCAUUUGUAUUGUCAAUGUUGGCGUAUAGCUCCAUCACGUGGACAUAGCAUAAAUUCCUUCACCAAGCCCUGUUGUUGGACUUGACGUUGUUCCCCGGUUUCCAAUAUUACAAGCAAUGCUGUGAGGACCAUCUUUGUGGCUACAUAUUUGUGGCCGACCUUAUUCAUGUCUUUGCACCAAUGCCCAGAAGUGGAACUGCCAGUCUGAAGUUUCCUGGGUGCGCUGCCACCAUGGUCUGGUUCUGCAACAGUGCCGACUGCCAAUUUUCAGUCUUCGCCCUUACCACCAUAGGAUGGAUCCUCUCCUCUACGUCCACGGGCCUCGUGGAGUGGCGAAUAUGGUACAUGAAAGACACCUCGCUCUACCCCCCUGGAAUCGCCUGCGUGGGAAUAUUUAGAGUCUGCAUUUACCGGCAUCGCACCAACAGCACCACAACCAAAUUUUGUUACCGAUACAGCUACCACGACACCUUUCUCCCUUUUGAAAUUUCCAUGCCUCAACGCUUCCUACUGACUGCCAGCAUUUUCGGAUUCUUCGGGAGAGCCUUUAACAUGUUUGCACUUAGAAACAUGUCCAUGAGAAUGUUUGAGGAGGACACCUACAAUUCAUUCGUUGUUUCAGGAAUUCUCAACAUUGCUGCUGGUGUCUUUAACUUAACUGCUGUGCUCCAGAACUAUGAUGCCGUCAUAAACUCACAGGGGAUCACCUUCCUGCCAUCUCUCCAAAUGCCCUUCAAGCCAGAUGUGCAGGAAGUUGGCACUGCCAUUCAAGUGGCAGGGAUAGGUGUCUUGCCGAUGCUGUUAACUGGGAUGUUUUCUCUGUUUUACAAAUGUCCCCCGUACGGCCAAGUGCAUCCUGGUAUUUCAGAAAUGUGAAUUUCCUGGUUGCAUUGGCUUUGCAAAUCUAAGAUUUCUGGGAGUUUAUGGAAAAUGUUAUUAGCAUGCUCUACCAAAUAUUUCCAACGACUCAAGACCAUGGCAUGGGUAGUUUGGGACAGAAGGUGGCCAACUGCCUCCUUCUGUUAUCUUGUGUAUCUGAAUGUGGCUCACUGAUUUGUUGGUUGAAUUGAGAACUUUUAUUUAAAAGUCUUCCCACCUGCCAGUUGGUCUUAUUGCAUCUGAAUUUUAAUUAUUGUUGCCUAAAGCAAAUAAUCAACCCUGUAAACUAAGAGUAGGGAAAUAAGAGUUUCUGAGUACAUUAACUUCUCACAUUUCCCUCUUAAACU